CAUCAAUCGCAUGGCCAAUGCGGACGAGAUUGUGUGCAAUGGGCACGUAAUAACGUUGCCCACGCUCGAGGUAGUCAAAGCAGUUCCCAUCAUGGCGGCUGGCACAAACAUCGAUUGGUUGCUCCAUCUUUACUACGCGCGAAGUGAUUUUGUACGCUGUCGUCUAAUAAUCGAACGCGAGCUGCACAAGAGCCUCAAUCCGGAAUACAUGUAUUUUGUGAAGGGCUUAAUUGACCGUGAAGAGGGUAACAACAUCGAAGCGUUGCGCAAUUUACAAAAGGCCCUCGACUUAAAUUCCAAGAAUAUUGAAACCUACAAGGAGAUUGGCAAAACACUCUUCAUUAUGGGUCGUUUCAAUCAGGCGUUGGAUAUUUUUCGCGAAGCCGAAGAGCUCGCCCCACGACAGGACCAUGAAAUUUGUCAUUUCAUCGGUGAAUUGUUGCAUCGCUCAGCGGCGACCGCCAAUCAAUUAACAAUUGCACGUCAAGAGGAGGCCGAGGCGAAAAUGUACUUUGAAAAGGCCGUGCAAACCGGCAAGAAGCUGGAGAGUUUCCAACGGCUCGCCGAAAUACUGCGCAAAGAAAAGGACUAUGCCAAGGCCAUCGAAGUGCUCGAGAACUGUCUGCUCUUAUCACCCGAAAAUAUUGAAGUGCUCACGGAGAUUGGUGUUUUGUAUUUGAAAAUCAACGACAGCCAAAAAGCUUUCGCUCGCCUAUCUGAAGUUAUCGCUUUGGAUAGGAAGUGUCCGAAAGGAUUGUUGGCUUAUGGCGCCAUAUUGCAGUCUCGAAACGAUGUCGACGGCGCCUUGGAAAAAUAUCAAGAAAUCGCUUUGACAGAACCGGACAUACCAGAAUUGUGGAAUAACAUCGGAUUGUGCUUUUUCAAAAAGAAGCAACAAAAAGUGAUUGCGGCGGUUUCUUCGCUGCGCAAAUCGAUCUGGCUUUCACCGCUUAAUUACAAUGCCCUUUAUAAUUUGAGUUUAGUUUAUAUAACAGCACAACAAUAUGCGAGUGCCUUUCACACACUCGCCGCGGCCAUCAACUUGCGCAAGGACAGCGCUGAAUGCUACAUGCUACUCGGAAUCUGUUUACGUAAGUUGGAGGAUACUGAGAAUGCGUUCAAGGCAUUUCAGCGGUCGAGUGAAAUACAACAGCAACAACCAGCGGCUGCCGGACGUAAUCCACUUGUGCAUUUGAACUUUGCGCUCUUUUGUUACGAGACCGGACGCGUUGCGCUUGCCACGGAACAAUUUACACGCUUCGUUAGCUCCUCGCAGGAUCUCCUCCUACCGACCGAAUAUAAAUUCCAAGCGACCAAACUGAAAUCGCUUCUGAAAAUUCCAACAAGUAACAUUUUGACAUCAACACCAACGGGAGCUGCGAGUGAUGCCAUUGAUGCAAUCGACGGCCAACAUAUUGGUAGCGGCAACAACAGCAGCGGCGGCGACGGUAUGAGCAACAAUGGCGUUGAUGACAUCUAUGGAAUUUAUGGUGUGAAACGUCAAGCAGCCGGCAAUAAGCAGGAAUUGCGCAACACCAAGGCCAGAGCACUGGCAACAGCUGCUCUCGCGGCUGCGCCCACUACGUCAUCCGCAGAAAUGCCGCUUGAGGUGAACGCUGUGGUAAAUGCCUGACACGAGCAUGAGUGACGCGUUGGCCGCCGCCAAUAUUUACCACAACAAUCCCCAAACAAUGUAUAUCCUAGCACUAGUACCCACAUUCAUAACAACAGCAACAUCACGAACGUCAACGAUACUGAGCAGCUGGAGGAGAGCACUCGAAGCAAUUGUGCUGAGGAUGCUGGCAAUGAUGGACGGACAGACAAUGCGUUGGCUCGUUGUGACGAAAAUAAAACGACCAGUGGAAGAAAAAUUUUGACCCAGAGCAAUAGCGAUGACAGUGUGGAAAGCUGGUACCGGCAUUGUGGCUGU